UCCUUUUUAAUGAUAGUGGCUGGAAAUUCCCAGCCUUCGAAAUCACUAUUCGGGACUUCCCCAUUCUGAAAUUACAAUUUUUACCCUUAUUUCAAACCCAGCUUCUCUUCUCCGUAUACUCACCCGCGGAAGGAAUAACAGCUCACUCAUUCACUCCGCUUUCUUCUCAGGCAAACUGAACUCCUCCACUCUAUCUCCUUCAGCCGUUCGACGGAAAGAUUUCUCAGGCAAAGCUCGCUCGCCGACCACGGUCUCAACGGAAAGGCUUCUCUUUCUCAAUCUCGUUCUGGCGAGCCACCAAAUACCCAGGCGGCAGAAAAAAUCCCCGUUUUCUAGAGAGGCUUUCGGUUGUGUGGUGGCUUAUAGAAUGAUUAAGAGUGUGGUCCUUCCUUCGAAAGCAUUGAAGUUCCAGGUGGGAAAGGUUGAAGGGCCUAGGCAAUUAAGGUGCAAAGGACCUAAGAUGGAGCUUACUCUAACACAACCUGAUGAUUGGCAUCUUCACCUCCGUGAUGGGGACAUGCUUGAAGCUGUUGUCUGUCACAGUGCAAGUCAUUUUGGAAGAGCGAUAGUGAUGCCGAAUCUGAAGCCCCCCAUUACAACCACAGCUGCUGCUGUGGCAUAUCGAGAAUCAAUCUUGAAAGCUCUGCCUGCCAAUAUCAACUUCACUCCUCUUAUGACACUUUAUUUGACAGAUACAACAAGCACAGAAGAGAUCAAGUUUGCAAGAAGAAGUGGGGUUGUAUUUGCUGUGAAGUUUUAUCCUGCUGGUGCUACAACUAAUUCUCAAGAUGGGGUUACGGAUAUUUUUGGGAAAUGUCUACCCGUCCUUGAGGAGAUGGCUGAACAAAAUAUGCCUUUGUUGGUUCAUGGGGAAGUUACAAACCCUGAUGUUGAUGUAUUUGAUCGAGAGAAAGUCUUCAUUGAAACUGUUCUACAACCGUUAGUUCAGAGACUUCCACAGCUGAGGGUAGUGAUGGAACAUAUCACAACAAAGGAUGCUGUUAGGUUUGUUGAGUCCUGCAAAGAAGGAUCUGUAGCCGCCACUGUUACUCCACAGCAUCUUCUUCUCAAUCGAAAUUCUCUCUUUCAAGGAGGAUUGCAGCCACAUAAUUACUGCCUUCCAGUACUCAAAAGAGAGAUCCACAGACAGGCUAUUGUUGCAGCUGUGACCAGUGGAAGUAAAAGAUUUUUCCUUGGAACUGAUAGUGCUCCACAUGAGAGACAAAGAAAAGAAUGUUCUUGUGGAUGUGCUGGUAUAUACAACGCCCCUGUUGCCCUAUCACUAUAUGCCAAAGUCUUUGAUGAGGCAGGUGCACUCGACAAGCUAGAGGCAUUUACAAGCUUCAAUGGACCAGACUUCUAUGGGCUUCCAAGAAACACAUCAAAAAUAAAAAUGAUCAGGACUCCAUGGAAGGUACCAGAGUCUUUCUCCUUUUCAUUUGGAGAUAUCAUUCCAAUGUUUGCAGGUGAAACACUUGAAUGGCAGCCGUCCCUGAUUUGAUUCAAAUUUUGUCUUGCUAUGUUGAAUAGAUUGGUGUCAUGGAAGUCAGUAUUUAUGUCAAUUUUCCACAUUAAAACUAAGUAGACUGAAUUUGGGGAAGUCAGUAUUUAUGUCAAUUUUCCACAUUAAAACUAAGUAGACUGAAUUUGGUAAUCUUUGAAGUGCUUUUUCUAUAUAAAAAAAGCAACUUACUGUUCUGAUCC